CCUUCAAAUUCAAUUGGACCAUUGCCAGUCUCAACUCAACCUCUGCAAAACGCGUCCUUUUACCCUUUUUCUCUUCCUUUUCCUUUCCUUUCUUUUCUUUUCUUUUUUACCCCUCUUCUUCUACGUCGAGUAGUCGCCAAGGAGGAGGAGCGUAGUUAGCAGCAGAGCAGUUGUAUUCUUGUCAUAAGCAGGCACCAUCCAUCGGACAAAGAAACCUGCGAAAACAAAUGCAGACAGCACAGCAAUCCCCCCCCCCUCCCCGCUGGGCGGCAUUAUUUAUUACGUGAAUGAAUGAUAAUUUGAUUGCUUGAUCCUGACGCCGCUGCAGAAACACUUAUCCACAGACACAAGAAAAAAGAACAAGGAUCACGUUCUGCAACCCCGAAUUAUAGUAGUAGUAUAAUAUAGUCGCCCAGGAUCAGGAUCAUGGCCACCACCUCUGCCAGUCUUCCCUCAAGCAAGUCUUGCGAUGCUAUAAAGCAAAUGGAGAUUGAGCCCCUGUGUUCUCCUACUGGUUCCACCUCUUCUACCCUCGACCACCUCCACCCCAGGCGGAGACCCAUAAAGAAGCCCUUGUCAGCGCCAGCGCGUCAACAAUCCUUUAGCCGUGAAAUGCGCCACGCCGCCGCCGAGACUUAUCUGCUCACCACCCUCAGCUUCAAGCUUCUUUCUUACCUCGGGGUGGGCUACCGGUGGAUCAUGAGACUCAUAGCUCUUGGGAUUUAUGCCAUGUUACUCAUGCCAGGAUUUCUCCAAGUUGUAUUUUAUUAUUACUUUUCAAGCCAAGUUCGUCGAAGUGUCAUUUAUGGAGAUCAACCAAGAAACAGGCUGGAUCUACAUCUGCCUCCAAGACAAGAUUGCAAAAAACCUGUUGUGAUAUUUGUGACUGGUGGAGCCUGGAUCAUAGGAUACAAAGCAUGGGGUUCUCUCCUAGGGCAGCAAUUAGCUGAAAGAGACAUCAUUGUAGCAUCCCUGGAUUAUAGAAAUUUUCCUCAGGGGACAAUCAGUGAUAUGGUUAAAGAUGUUUCUCAAGGAAUAGCUUUUGUUUGCAACAAUAUCAGUGGUUAUGGGGGUGAUCCAAACAGGAUUUAUCUAAUGGGCCAAUCAGCUGGUGCACAUAUAACUGCAUGUGCUCUUAUGGAUCAGGCAUUCAAAGAAUCUAGAGGAGAGGACGUUGCAUGGUCUGUCUCCCAGAUAAAAGCUUAUUUUGGCUUAUCAGGGGGGUACAAUCUACCCAACUUAGUUGAUCAUUUCCAUUCUCGAGGCCUGUACCGCUCCAUCUUUCUGAGUAUAAUGGAGGGGGAGCAAUCCUUGAAACAAUUUUCACCUGAAAUUCUUGUUCAGGUCUUGAGCUCAAAAGAUGUAGUCUCUAUACUGCCCCAGAUAUUCCUUUUUCAUGGCACUUCAGAUAGUUCCAUACCAUCAGAUGCAAGUAAAGCAUUUGUAGAUGCUCUUAAGAGAGUUGGGGCUCAGGCUGAGUUGAUUUUAUACGAUGGAAAAACGCAUACCGAUUUGUUUCUCCAGGAUCCUCUCAGAGGUGGUAAAGAUGAACUGUUUGACUAUGUGGUUGCCUUUAUACACGCCGAUGACACAGAAGCUCUUGCUAAGGAUGCUGCGGCACGUCCAAGGAGACGGCUUGUUCCUGAGAUUUUGUUGAAGUUGGCGCGCAUUGUCAGCCCCUUUUAAUCCUUCCAGCUGCAUUAUAUAGUAGACCUUCAUGUCUGCGUGACUGAGAAGAAAGUGGCUUCCUCCUCAAAUUUCUGUUGGAGUUGGCUCCCAUUCAAAGCCUUUAUUUUAAAAGGCUGCCUAGGACGAUGAUCAAUGAUUUCAUUUGUUAAUGUCCAUUUCUAGGUAUUGAUCAUUCGCUGAUAUUCUACUAUGCAUCUGCGUUCUUUAAAUUGUAUCUAUAGUAUAUCUUUUUUUUUUUUUGUUUUUUUGGGCUUGACAUUGCGGUAUUCGGUAUGAACCGUCCAACAGAAACUGAAGGAGAAAUAUAUAUACAUUCAUUCUUGUAUGAACUUCAGAAGACUGCCCUUAUAAUGGAGAUUUACACUUGCA